AUGAAGGAUUUGGGUCUUCUUAGCUAUUUUCUCGGCUUGGAAAUCUCUCAUGAUUCGUCUGGUUACUUUCUCUCCCAUGCCAAGUAUACUUUCAAUCUCUUGGCUCAUGCUGGUCUUAUCGAUUGCAAGAAUGUUUCUACUCUCGUUGAUCCUCAGACUCGUCUUACACCUCUUGACGGUCACCUAUUGUCUGAUGCUACUUUAUAUCGUCAACCAGUUGCCAGUCUUGUCUAUCUCACGAUUACUCAUUCAGACAUCGCUUAUGCUAUUCACAUUGUUAGUCAGUUCAUGGUUGCUCCUUGCUCUCUGCACUAUGAUGCUCUAGAGACCCUACUGACCACCGUUCUACUACAGGAUUCUACUUCUUCUUGGGUGACUCUCUCAUUGCCCGGUGUAGCAAGAAGUAAACUCUUGCUGCUCGUUCUAAUUGCCCAUAAUGAUGUCUUCGAUGAUCGCACAAAGCAUAUUGAGAUUGAUUGUCACUUCAUACGACAACAUGUUACUAGUGGCACUGUUCGUCUUAUCUUUGUUAUCUCUGCCAAUCAGAUAGCCAUCAUCUUCACCAAGGCUCAUCCUCCUGGUCGUCUCAGUGUUCUAGUUUCCAAACUCAAGCUGGUUGAUGCCUAUCCACCUUAA